CAAGCGGCUAGGCUGGCUUAGCGGACCCCGGUUGCUAGGGUGUGUCUCCUUGGCCUCCUAGAGGGUGGGGAUCCGUGGUACUCCUUCGGGAACAGCCUCCUGCAGGAAGACCGUCGCUGGACCUUUACCUCGCUGCCUAGAUUCCGAGGAAAAGGAGAUAGGAGACGAAAAGCCAGUUGGUUUGGGAAGCGGCCGAUUAUCCUAAAGGGUAGUGUGGGAGUCCAGCACUUCCAUGCCCCUCUUUGGGUACUACGGAAGGGAGAUUUCCAGCAUUGUGUGGAACAUAUGACCAGGGAGUACACCUUGAGCGCUUGUGUGCGGUUAUCUUUUGGCGGAAUUCUGCCUGGAUUCAGUAGAGUAUUGGAUUAUGAAAAACAGCACUUAUUAUUCAUUAAAAUGCAAAAGCCCCCACUGCUUCUUCGAAGACCCUUACCUCCAAAAUUCACUAAGCUGUCUUUACAUGAGAAAAAAACCCAUACAGCUAAAACUGGUAAAACUGAGUCACUACAUGUAGCAUUCACUGAAGAUGAAACCACUUCCAUUAAAAUGGAUAGAACUCAUUUUCCUGAUAUUUUAAGAAAUCAAUCACUAACACCUAUCAAUAUCCAAAAUAUCUUUCUUGAUCACUGUCUACAAGAAAGAGUGACUGCAAUUUCAUCACCCCAGAAAUCUACUAAGCAUGUCCAUGAGCAGAUUCCAGAUACUGCUACUGGUUCCAUAUUUUUUCCACAUUGUAAUUCAGCUUCUACUCUAAUUUUUGGGAAACAAACAAACAAAAUGGAAAGUUCAAGAAAGUUGAAAACUAUGAAAGAUGUUUAUACUGAAAAAAGCCUAGAAAGCAUUUUAAUUCUUUCUUCCAAGUUUUCCAAACCUAAAAGUACUCGUGGCUCAGUUAUUGCUCAAAAACUUGAGAAAAUGCACCCUAAGCAUCAACCUUUACCAGAGAGUCCAGGCUAUACUUAUCAGCACAUCUUGAGAGACUUAAGUGCAACAGUGCCAAGCCCUCCACCUACGACUGUAUCUAUGAAACCAGAAGGACAGUGGCCUGAACAUUUUAAAUCAACUGCUACAUUGACACUAAGAGUUACUGAAUUUCCAGGUUUUGUUUCCUUGCCAACACCGGUUUUACCAAGAAAACCUCACAGGCAGUCUGUGAUAGAAACUCUUGUAACAGAAAAUGAAAAUAUAGAAAGUGUCCCAAAGCAAAUCCCACCAAGACCACCUAAAGGUCUCACUAAAACUGAAAAAAUAGAAUCAGAGAUACACGUUGUACGUGGUGAAGGUUUUAAGACUGUUGCAGCAACACGAUAUGAAACAAUAACAGCCAUGACCAAUCUGGCCAUAGUAAACUGUCAAGUAUACGGAAGAAAUGCACUUAAUCUGAAGGGCUUUUUUAUCCUAAAUUGUCCAGACUUAACACCUUUGGCUUUCCAGUUGAUAUAUCUUAAUUUAUCAUUUAAUGAUCUUCAUUACUUUCCCACAGAAAUAUUAUGUCUUAAAAAUUUACAAACACUGAAAUUGAGAAAUAAUCCUAUCAAAGAAAUUCCUUCUGAAAUUCAACAACUUGAGUUCCUUAGAAUUUUCACCAUUGCUUUUAAUUUAAUUACUGUUCUUCCAGUUGGGUUAUUUUCCUUGUCUUAUCUUGAAGAACUUGAUGUUUCCUAUAAUGAACUUACUUUUAUUCCAAAUGAAAUUCAGAAACUCAGAUCACUUGAAAAACUGACUGUUGAUGGGAAUGAACUGAACUUUUUCCCCCAUGGAAUUUUGAAGCUUAACCUGACAAAAAUUCAGUUUGAGAAUAAUUUCACUCAUCCUUGUUUUUGGAGAGAUAAUUCUUUGAAUAAUCCACAACAACUUACUCAAAUUAUUUCUUUGUUCAUUGUCCAAAAUAAGCUACAUAAAUUUUAUGAUAAGAUCCCAGUAGAAGUUCAGAAGUUACUAAAAUGCACAUCCAGGUGUGAAUGGUGUCAUGGUCCCAAGUUUGGUGAAGGUUUUCGUGUCAUCCGAUCCUGUGAUAUUUUUGGAGCAUCACAGCUUCCAGUUAUGUUUUAUGUCUGUUCUCCUACUUGCUAUAGAAGAAUAAAGGAAAGCAGUUUUGUUUUAGAUGGUAGUCCUAGUAGAAGAAUAGCUCUAGAUGUGGAGUUGUCAAAAGAAUUAUAGUACAAUGAUUUAUCGUAUGUAUAUAUAUAUAUAUUCAUAUAUAUAUAUAUAAACUUUACUGGCUUUUACUACAUAUAAAUCUGCAUAUAGUAAUUCAUCUCUUUGAAAGUAGAGGUUCUGUUUGGAAGACAUAAGUGUCUUCUGAUACGAAUUCUCUUUGUAAUUCUAGCUCCUUAUGAAAGUUUGUGAUUGUUUGGGAAUUGUUGCAGAAUAGUUACUCAAGGAGGAUUAGUAAAGCCUUUAGAUUUGAAUAAAGCUCUAGAAAAUUUCUUUCAGAGCCUGUUUACUAUAAAAGGAAAAAUGUUAGAAUCCUUUGCAAAAUGGGUUAUAUCUUACAACUGGUCUUUUCAUGCAUCCAUACUAAGUGACGAGACAGCAUUGCAGAGUCAUCAGUGGGGUUUGCGCUGCAUAGAGCUUCAAUGUCACACAUCCAAGUGCUCAAUGCUUGUGCAUUUCUGUGGAAAUCUGACCAGCACCUUCCAUCUCAAUUGUAGGUUGUUUUGGGGAAUAAAAGAUUAAUUCUAUCCCCAUUUGUUUGUUUAAAUUAAUGUCCCAGGUUCUUAGAGAACUGGUACAGUCUUUAAUUGUUACCUUGAACUUCAUGUCCUAAAGCUGAGAAACUGGACAUUAGUCUGAUUCCAUAGGCUAGCACCAGCAUCUACCAAGGCCUACAGUGAUAGCCUGGCACAAAAAUAAAAUACAGCUUACAAAAUAACAUUGCAAAGCAGCAUAUACAUAUAGUAAAACUUACUUUAAGAAUUAAUGUUUGGUAAGAGAAAGAUAAAAGGGUAUUUUGAUAUACAAACAACUUUAGAAUGGCAUAGAAUUGUUUCACAUAUCUUUACACACAGUUCACUUAAAUCUCAAAUAUCAUUGCUAAAUUUAGUGAUAUGAAAUGAUUUAAAUUUACACAGCUAUCAUCAUUAAUGUCAGAAAAUACACAUUGUCAUGUUUGUGUGUAUCUUUUAGUGAUAUCAUUUAAAUAAAGAUAAAUCAGGCAGAAUAAUUUUUCUAUUGAUUUCAAUA